CUCGUUUCGGUUACGAUGGAGAAACAAGUUAGAAAACAUAUUUUUGACGAAUAAAAACCACAUUAAAAACAAUAUUUUUUUAUUUGAUUUUUCAAUUAUUUCAUUAAAUACAAAUGAAAUUCAAUUCCAACGAUUGAAUUUAUUUGCAACAGCAAAAGUCAUGCAAUUUCAUCAUUUUCUUCAUUCAUCAUACUCAAUAUGACACAAACAACUGUCUUGAGUACGAUUUUCGUGUACUUUGCCGUGUCGGCUUUUAAAAAGUACAUUUGAUGUUAGUCAUUCCAACUUUUUCGACGAUAAACAAUACAAACUGAAGAGUGCUAUUCUUAGAAGACAUUGGUUUUCAAUUUCGUUUUUCAAUUAUUAGAUUUUGUUUAGAUUCUAUAGUAGGUACAUAGGGAUAUUUUCCAAAUCAUAGUCAAAAUGGAUGUGUCAUCGUCACCGUCGUCCGAUCAAUUUGGCCGUAGAUGGACACAUGUUCGAAAAAUGUUGGAACGUUCUGGUCCAUUUUGCCAGCCGGAAUUCACACCAUCGUUGGAUGGUCUUGAAUUUAUCAUGAAAACAUGUAAGAUUUUGGUGAUCGGGGCUGGCGGAUUGGGCUGUGAACUACUCAAAGAUUUGGCAUUGAUGGGUUUUUGCGAUAUUCAUGUCAUCGACAUGGAUACAAUUGAUCUGUCAAACUUGAAUCGUCAAUUUUUGUUUCGGCGCAACGAUGUUGGCAAUUCAAAGGCCAAUUGUGCUGCAAAAUUUAUCAAUGAAAGAAUACCGUCGUGCAAUGUAACGCCGCAUUUUUGCAAAAUCCAAGAUUUUGAUCAAGAUUUCUAUCGGAAAUUCCAUAUUGUGGUGUGCGGUUUGGAUUCGUUGAUGGCGCGCCGAUGGAUCAAUGGUAUGAUUACAUCGUUGUUGGUUUAUGAGGAUGACGGCAGUCUCGAUCAAUCGUCACUCAUUCCGAUCAUUGAUGGUGGUACCGAGGGAUUCAAAGGUAGUGCUCGUGUCAUUUUGCCCGGUGUCACUGCGUGCGUUGAAUGCACGUUGGAAUUGUAUCCGCCACAAAUCACAUACCCAUUGUGUACCAUCGCCAAUACACCACGGUUGCCAGAGCAUUGCAUCGAAUACGUCAAAUUGAUUCAAUGGGAAAAGGAGAAUCCAUUCGAUAGUGAAUUGGAUGGUGAUGAUCCACAGCAUGUGUCAUGGGUUUAUGAAAAGGCACAAGAGCGUGCCAGCACAUUUAACAUUACUGGUCUUUCAUAUCGUUUGGUUCAAGGUGUUCUCAAGCACAUAAUUCCGGCCGUUGCCAGCACCAAUGCAAUUGUUGCCGCAAGCUGUGUCACCGAAGUCUUCAAAAUCGCCACCAGCUGCUAUCAAUACUACAACAACUGUUUGCUGUUCAACGACAUCGACGGAAUCUACACGUACAUUUACGAAGUGGAAAAGAAGGAAGACUGUCUGAAUUGCUCGAAUAUUCCGGUGACAGUGACAUUCGAAUCAGCUGAUUCGGUCACAUUGGAAAAAGUGAUUGAAUUUCUGUGCAAUGAUGCUGCCUUCCAAAUGAAGAGCCCGGGAAUAACGAUGAAUCUUGAUGGUAAGAACAAAACGCUGUACAUUUCAACGGUGAAAAGUAUCGAAGAACGAACCCGACCAAACCUGAAGCUAACGCUCCAAGAGCUCAACGUGCAAAAUGGCCAAGAGCUGACGGUUGCCGAUCAAACCAAUCCAAACUCCGUCACAAUUCGUAUCAAAUACUCAAGCGGAGCUUGAAUUCACAAACAAACGUAUACACAAUAUCACUCCAAACUCAACAAAGUUGAUUAGAACUGCAAUUAAACUUCCCAGGAGAUUAAUCAAACAUACACACACAACUCCCACAAAUCCUUGAAUUCAAUUCAUAACUACCGACAUUUUUGUAUCCAACAUCGUAGAGAGAGAAAAAAUAAAGUGAUAUAAAUAAAAAAAAACUAUUGCGAAAUAAUAAA